CGUCACUCACAAACAUAAACAGAAAUCAAUCAACUAAAAUAAAUAAUAUUAUUAUUAACAAAACCAAAGGAUGAAUACGCAUUUAAUUUAGCUUUUAUAUUGAUAAUAACAAAUAAUAAUACAACAUCGUGCCUUAAUUAAAACAAAAUGCUCAGUUUUUUGAAACCGAUAUUUAAAUUGCAAUUUUUGUUUGUAAUUCUUGCCGUCAUUGUCGGUGUUUACUACCAGGAAAUAUUGGCAUGGCAUAAAAAUUUUAUUUUUACAACAGAAGCUGAAAUUCCAAUCAAUUACGAAAGCGAUAAACAAAUUGCUGAAACAUUAUUUACUAAAGCUGAACUUGCCAAAUACAAUGGUGAAAAUGGAGCACCAUUAUAUCUUGCACUACUUGGAGACGUAUUUGAUGUCACCAAAGGUUUGAAACAUUACGGACCAGGUUGUUCUUAUAAUUUCUUUAUAGGACGUGAUGCUUCUGUUUCCUUUAUUACUGGAGAAUUCGAGAAUUUCGUUGAAGAUGAAGCAGACGAUGUUGUUGUGUUAAAAUUAAAUGAUUUAUUAGGUUUAGAAAACUGGAAGAAUUUUUAUCAUAAAGAUUAUGCAUAUGUUGGGAAAUUGAUUGGACGCUUUUAUGAUAAUUCUGGUGCGUUAACUUCUUAUCAUCACAAAUUUUUAGCAUUGCUAGAUCAAGCCAAGCAAGAAAAAAUUGAAAGUGAUCGUUCACGUGUAUCAUAUCCGGAUUGUAAUAUACAAUGGAAUGCUGAGACGAGCCAAACGCGAGUUUGGUGUACAAAUAGUAGUGGCGGUAAAGAACGGGAUUGGGCUGGGUAUCCAAGAAAACUGUUCGAAUUGGGACGCGACACUUUUCGCUGUGCUUGUGUACAUCAAGAUAAACUUGAUGCUACAGAUGUAAUGAUUAAGUCAUAUGAUAAUUGUGAACCUUUAGCUACGGAAUGUUUUUAUAAAGUUGAUUAAAUGUGCUCAUAUAUAUUAUCAUUCCUUUCAGUAAGACAAUAUCGUUUUAUGUACUUAACUUGU